AAAAUGAGUACUAAGAGGUCCCCUGAAGAACUAAGGAAAAUUUUUGAAAAAUAUGCAGCCAAAGAAGGUGAUCCAGACCAGCUGUCCAAGGAAGAGCUGAAGCUAUUGAUUCAGGCUGAAUUCCCCAAUUUACUCAAAGGUCCAAACACCCUAGAUGACCUGUUUCAAGAACUGGACAAGAAUGGAGAUGGGGAAGUUAGUUUUGAAGAAUUCCAACUGUUGGUAAAGAAGAUAUCCCAGUGAAGGAAAAAAUGAAAAAGCAUUCCUGACCCCAAAGAAAGAGCACCUGGGC